AUGUCGUUGCUAGUACCCAACGAGCGAGACCACGUAGAUGCCCAUGAGGAUUUGGAUCAGGAUGAGCUUUACUAUAAACGAAUUGCCGAGAUAAGGGCCAAGGCUGACGUUGACUCUACGUUUUCGUGGGAUUUUGAGCCUGUUCAAGGUUUUUUCAUGCAGACAUCAGACAAUACAGAUGAUAUGAAGUUUAACUAUGCUACCCAAGGCUUUGGAACCACCAAGCCGUGGGAAGAACUCAUAGAUAGACUUGAACUGCUCAAUUCGACUUCUGUACCGAAUACGAAGUACAAAAUGCUAUUCUUGGCAAGACACGGCCAAGGUUGGCACAACAUCGCUUCACAUAAAUACCCUAAGGCAGAUUGGUUUAGUAGAUGGAGAUUUGUGGGAACCGAUGGCGAGAUCGAAUGGGGUCCAGACGCGAAAUUAACAGAUUUGGGCAUUUCUCAGGCAAAGGAAAAUGGAGAAUUGUGGAAGAGCCAGCUUGAAAAUGGUGCUCCACUUCCCACUAAGUUCUAUGUGUCUCCCUUACUGAGGUCCAUUGAUACUUUAUUCCAUACGUGGAGAGAUAUCGAAAUACCGAGACCCAUUGUAAUAGAAAAUGUACGAGAAACCAUCGGAGUGCAUCUCUGUCAUGAAAGAACUACGAAGUCUGCUCUUGAGUCUAAAUAUACUGAUCUUGAUUUUGAAGAAGGUUUUACUGAAGAUGAUUUGUUGGCUCAAAAGUAUUCUACAGUUAGAGAACAGCUUCACCAACAGUUUCUCCGUGUAGACGGAGUUCUUCAGAAGAUUUUCGACGAGGACGAAGACAGCAUUAUUUCCAUAACGUCACACGCUGGAACCAUAAGAGGUUUCAUCACAGUCAUUGGCCAUCGUAAAUUCACUAUUCCUACUGGGGGAAUGAUUCCAAUAGUCGUGAAGGGGACAAAAAACAAUGUAAAAAGAAAUUAA